AGUAUAAAAAUGAUUCCAAUUCACUCAAUGUGCUGAUCACCGCAAGCUGUUCCCCUUUGAUGUCAUUAACUCCACUACUUUAACCAGUAAGUUAUCCCAAAUGUUUACUACUGUUUAUCUAUUGGUUCAUCUUCUUAACUGCCAAGCUAAUAAUUAGCUGGAGCGGGAGCUCUGUGUCAGUGUGGGUGUGUGACCAAUGCAAGUCCCUUCUGAUUCCACAUUUCCACUAACGACCAAAAGCAGAAGGUUCAGCAACAGAAUCGACUGUCCAUAAGAUGAAGAGAGGACUCUGUUUAGUUGGAUUUAUCGUGUUGUCCCAUCUACAGCUGGGCACUGCUUUCAAGCUAAUCUGUUACUUCACGAACUGGGCCCAACAUCGACCAGCUAUUGGCAAGUUUGUGCCGGAGAACAUACCCCCCUGCCUGUGCACCCACCUGGUCUUUGCUUUUGCUGUCAUUGAUAACAACUACAAGGUCUCCAUCAAGGAACAGAACGAUGAAGCACUCUACGCGUCAUUCAACGGUCUCAAGAAAAAGAAUCCGAACUUGAAGACAUUCUUGGCUAUUGGAGGAUUUAAUCCACAAAGGUUGAUAAGCACAGCUGCUAGCAAGGAAAAUCGCGUGACCUUCAUCAAUUCCGUGAUUAGUUUUCUCAGGAAGUACGGCUUUGAUGGGUUAGACUUAGUCUGGGAAUAUCCUGGUUCCAAAGGAAAUUCCUUGGAAGAUAAAAAAUGGUACACGACUUUACUUAAGGAACUGAGGCAAGCCUUACAAGAGGAAGCCAAACUCAACGGAAGACCACAGCUACUCUUUUCAGCCGCUUUUCCUGCUAUUCAAGAUAAAUCUGAUGUUGGCUUUGAGAUGAGUAAAGUUGGUCAGUACGUGGACUUUCUCAAUGUGAUGACGUAUGAUUUUCACGGCGCCUGGAACUCAUUCACUGGACAUUGGACCUUCCCCACACAGGUCGAAUCAUCAUUUUUUAACAUGGAAUCUGCUGUCAAAUAUUGGAAGGAAAAUGGCUUACCGCCCCAGAAGAUAAUAAUUGGAUUCCCAACAUAUGGACGGACAUUCACCCUGAAGACUGGCAAUCAAAGCCUUGGUGCUCCUCUCGCUGGCCCAGGUCCAGCAGGGAACUACACGAGGGACCCGGGUUACUGGGCGUACUAUGAGAUCUGCGACUUUUUGAAAGAAGCUGAAGUUGAACUGAUUAAAGACCACAAGGCCUCGCACGCACCCAGGGAGAAGAUCUGGCUUGGAUACGAUGACAUAAGCAGCUAUGAAACCAAAGUCCAAUGGAUGAAAAGUAACAAUUUUGGAGGUGCUUUUGUGUGGACAAUAGACCUUGAUGAUUUAAACAACCAUUGCAAACAGGGAGUACUUCCUCUAACAAACAGAUUGAAGAAGCUUCUUGACAUUAACACAGGCUGUGAAAAGCUGAGCUCGACCCCAACACCAGCUCCAUCCAUUAUCCAGCUUCGAGCCAAUAACAUUAAAGAUGGCAGCAAGGAGGAUGGUGCUGUGGAUGUGGGAGUUAAUCCAGGAUGGUGCACUAAUAAAAAACUAGGGGUUUACAUUGACCCAGCAGAUCAAACCAAAUUCUACCGCUGUGCUAAGAUAGCCAUUCACGAGGGGUGUGCCGAGAAAAUGGUCUUUGAUGAAGACUGCAAGUGUUGUACUUGGCCUCGGGCUAAGGAUAUUCAGGAAUCCGACUGGUGCAGCACUAAACCUGAUGGUUUCUACAGUGACCAGUAUAACAAUUCAAAGUUCUAUAUCUGUGCGAGGCAAGAGACCUUCUGGAGAUCCUGUCCUGCAGGGCUGGUGUUCUACGAUGCCUGCAAGUGCUGUAACUGGCCAAUAAACAAGAUUGCAGGUUAAUUGAGACCUUACCAAAGAUAAAUAGAAUUGCAAAUAUGAAAUAUCAAACCUAUUUCUUUUCCCACCUCCUGUCUCCUAUAUCAUCAAUGCACCAAUAAAAUCAGGAGUCUCGCUGCAGCUAUGAAUUGAAGGCUGUUGCCCUCAGCUGAUUUUUCCUAAGAAUGCCAACAACCACUCAUUACUUGUACCUGGUUCUCAGGCACCUGCAGUCCUGGCACCUUCAGAUAUUUGCUGGUUCACUCUCUGGUUAAGGAAUUAAGGAAACACAAACACAUGCUCGGUUUUGAUUGUGAUUGAUCAAAAUUGCAAUUAAUGUCAUAUUCAAAAUACUUCUCUGCAUUUAAUAAAGUCAAAUUUUAGUUCAAAUCUUUCAAGAAUUUGUUCAGUGUUUUUUGUAAAUGAACUGGUAGAAAGUAGUGAAAAAUUGGUAAACUAUAACUACCCAGGUGGCACUGCAGGUUGAGCCACUGCCUCACAGCUCCAGUGAACCUUUGAUCCCCACCUCCGGUGCUGUGUGGAGUUUGCACGUUCUCCCUGUGACCACGUGGGUUUCCCCCGGGUGCUCCGGUUUCCUCCCACAUCCCACCGAUGUGAGGGUUGGCAUUUUAAUUGGUUCCUGUAAGUUGUCCUUGGUGCAUAGGUGAGUGGUAAAAUCUGGGAGCAGUUGAUGGGAAUGUGAAGAGAAUGGGAUUGGUGUGCGAGUGGUUCAUG